CCGAGUGAAUCCGUAGAAGAGAUCGCACCCCGUAAGACCCGACGUGGAACAUGGAGUCUGUGAGACGAUACCUCGUCCUAAUCUCGGUGGGAAUACUGUGGAGUUGCGUGCUAUGUCUGCAACGACCACCACCGAGAUAUUCUCAGCAGUAUAUGCCGGAAACCUCGUUCAGUUGUCGCAACAAGAUUGUCGGUAGCUAUUACGCGGACCCUGAGACCGACUGCCAAGUCUUCCACGUUUGUGUUUCUGUAGCUGGCACUAUUCAGGACUACAAAUUCCUGUGUCCCAACGAUACUGCCUUCGAUCAGGAGAGUCAAACGUGCGCGGACUGGUACGACGUGGAUUGCGAGGCCGCGACCCUCUACUACGCCAGCGACAACUUCGACCUGUACAGAAUCGGUUCCGGUCUGGAGUCCGUGGCCUACGACAGCCUGCGCAGCGAUGCCGAGCCGCAGGAUCACCUGCAGCGCAGUGAGACCAGCGACGCGGUCCGAUCGUCCGCGAACACGGUGAACCGCGUGUCCUCGUCUAAUUACAACAACAAUAAUCGCGAUAUACUGCGUGGUAGCAGCAGCGGCAACUUGUACAAUCGGAACAACAAAGAAGACGAUUACGAGACCGAGAAGUCGUACAAGGAGGACGUGAGUCAAGACGCGAAGAGGAAGGGCGGCGUGAGGAAGGUCAGCAGGAAGCAACCGUACACCGGCAACGGCAGUGCCAACUACUCGCCGUCGACCACCAGUACGUCGGCACCGGCCGUGGUCAGUCAGAACAACUACAACGGCAAUUAUUACAAUACAUACAACAACAACCAACGAUCCACGGCGUACGUUUCGUCGACAACCGCACGGCCUCAGGAGAACUACAGCAAGAACGUAAACACGCAGAGAUAUAACACAGCACCGUCCACAUACCGACCUAGCACAACGUACCAGAAUACGUACAACAACUAUCAAUCGCCUAGCAGCACGACCGCGAAAACGACGCAGUACAACACGAACGUGUAUAACAGUGCCUACAAUACAAACAACUACAAUCAACAGAACACCGGCAACUCGGCUCCGAUCACGACGCUGCGACCGAGCAGCUACAGUCCGAAGACCAGCUAUCAGGCUUAUCAGGGUCAGUUCGCGCAGUCCACCACCGUGCAGCCGAGCACGAAUUACCAGAGUAGCGAUUACACCAAUCAUCAGCAGAGAAGCUACAACAACAUCCAGCGAGGCUCCAGCAGCGUCGCCUAUCAAUCCACCACACCCGCGUCCACCGCCUACGAUAAUAAUAAUUAUAAUAACAACAAUAAUAAUUACAAUAGCAACUAUAAUAAUUACAAUAAUAAUUACAAUAACAACAACGGCCAGUACAGACCAGCCACUUCCACUAGGCAGGACGUGUCUCAGACCACGGCCAAGUAUUUCGCCAGCAAUUUCGCGAGCAACAGUUACGCGCCGACCACCUACAGCCCGGCGACAAAGAAGUACGCAAACGGCGACAACACCGUCGCGCAGACCGCCCUGAGGAACAACGACAAUGCCGGUCAAUACUAUGACAAAAGUUCGAGCCAGGCGAUCAAGCCGUCCACUCAAUACUACGAUACCACGAGACCACCCAAAAAAGCUACACAGUAUAAUAAUUACGACAACGCAAGCAGCGGCAAAUCGUACUAUAUUGAAAGCAGCACAAACAGCUAUGACCUCGGCAGAUCCUCCGUCGGGAUUGGCUUCAGUCCCGCCAGCAUCAACCACCUCGCCGAGUCGCCGAGAACCACGCCGGUACCAAGACGAUCUUCCAGCGCUACCACCUACAAUCCGAACACCUUCAGUUCUAACGUUCAGAAAACAGUCCAGCCGACGACGACGCCACGUGGAGUCACCUAUGUCAGCGGAUCUGCGCGACCAUUCACAUCGACAACCAGAUUACCCAGCAGUAGCAGCAGCACCAGCAACACAACAGCGCGACCAAAAUCGGGCAAAAAGAACGACUAUGAUUACGCGUAUUACGACAGCACAGGCGCCCUGGAAUAUGACGGGGUUGACCUCGAACAUGUAACUAGCAACAAGGAGUCCACGAAAAUAGCAAGGAAUUAAAGUAUUUUCGUAAUUAUAUACUGCAUUGAAUAUCUUAGAGCUCAUCGACACUAUAGUGAUGUAAAAUACUGUGAGUGCCUUUCUUUAGCCAGGUAUACAUUUCAAUAUCUAUAUAUUUGUACCUAGAUACUUUCUGCAGAAUAUUUAUGUAUAACACCUCGUAACAUCAGAUAUAAGUUAUUAAAAUUUUUCAAAACGCUUGUUUCUAUAUAUUUUAAAUUGUCUCUUUAUACUUAUUAAUACAACAAUUAUUAAUUAUGCAAAACAUCUAAUUAACUACGAUUAGGAUUUUUUUUAAUUACCUAUAUCUAGGUACUAUAAGAAUAAAGUAUCUUUUACAUCAUUGGUCGAUAGGAGAAUUACGAUGACUUUGUAAAUCAUCAUUAACUAAUGGCCAGUCAUUAUCAAAAUCGGUCUUCGAUUACGGAUAUUCGCGCGUAGGGUAUAAAUAUUGAAUACCGAUUUUGAGAAAAAACUCCAUCAAUUGAUAUUGAUCCGCUUAAAUGCGUAUAUGUUCAUUCGAGAUUUAACAGCUUUUCCGGCGUUAUUAAUUAGAUGGUCAGUAUUUUAGAGUAAUUGUUACAUACUUUACGAUACUUAAUCCGUGCAAUAAAUGUUAAUAUAACGAUAUUACGAUGGAAUGUUCUGAAUAAUAUUAGCGUAAAAGACAAAUUUCGUAAUUCGGUUAAUUUUUUUUCCUUUUAAUUUAUUACAAAAGGAAAAAUGUCAAGAUAGUCAAACUAACACUUAUUGUAUUGGUAUAAUAGUGCAAAGUUUGAUAAAUCGUUAAAAUUGUCAUUCAUUUUGUACACAUAUGUAUGUGCGUAUUGUGACAAAAGCUCACAUAAAACGUGUUCAGAUUUAAGAUUUUUUAUUAUUUGCGUCCUAAAAUAUGCGUACUGAAUGUAUAUAUUGUAACUAUUUUACUUAA